UACUCUCUACCACUAUGCCUAGAAGAGACACUGAGCACAUAGUUGUUGAAUGAACAAACCCCAAUGCUAUGUUGGAUUCCCCAUUGUAAUUCCCUGGAGUGGUUUGGGAGUGAAUCCUAGAUCAGCAUUUAGUAAGUAAGAAAGGAAGAGGAGGCCUGACAUCAGGAAUAAAGUCAUUCAACCUGAACACUACUGCUUUUUCUCAGAGUCUAGUUUUAAGCCUGGGGAUGUAGAGAAAAUCCUUGUAGAAGGGGCUGUCAGGGAUAGGGCCAGGGAGAGCUAUCAUCCUAUGGUGGAGUGACCUUGUUAGCUUUGGCACAUCCUUUCUGCUUUCUUAGGGUCUCACUUCUGCCAGGUCUGGGUCUCAGAAGUAAGAGAGCUGUCACGGGAUCAUAGGUAUUAGUAUAAAUGUUCAUGCCUAUGUUUAUGGCUCUUUUGUUUCCAUUCCAUCACAUUUUAAAAGCUUUGCUGACCAAAUGUGGGAAAAGACCUAUGCACUUAGUUUUGAUUUUGCAACCAUAGCUGCGGCCUACUUAACUCCUCAUUUCUUCCUCUCCUGUUCACACUAUGGCCAUUUGUCCACCCUCUGCAGGCCUCACUUCAGUAGUUCAGCUAGUUUAGUCUUAUCAUCUUGCUCCAUGCUUGGGUCUCAAUUUUAGAGUCUGGACUUCUUCUGCCCAUUUUUCCUGAACUCAACUUCCCACCUAUCUUUAGAGCCUCCAGGAAUGAUGCCUGGCUUUGGUCUUAUCUAUGCCCAAAUUUCCUGUUCUGUCCACAGUGGUGCUCACUUCUUCUGAUCUGCUCCACAGCCAAUGAGCUCCCAAGCCCCCUCACCUCAGUCUCAAUUCUUGUAGACCCCCAAGACAUCAUCUUUGGAGAGUGGAAGUCCAGGGCAGGCUGUGUGAUUUCUGCCUCCCAGAGCUCUAUGAGGAUGUGCUGUUUCUCUCUGUUUCAAGGGUGAAGAUGGACAACUUGUGCUACCCGGUGAUCUUCCCAGGUGCACGGAAUUUCCGCCCCUUCACUUCUGACUCUCUGGCUGCAAUUGAGAAGCGGAUUGCCAUCCAAAAGGAGAAAAAGAAGUCCAAAGACCAGACAGCGGCAGAACCCCAGCCUCGACCUCAGCUUGACCUAAAGGUCUCCAGGAAGUUGCCCAAGCUCUAUGGCGACAUUCCCAAAGAGCUGAUAGCAAAGCCCCUGGAAGACUUGGACCCAUUCUACAAAAAUCAUAAGACAUUCAUGGUGUUGAACAAAAAGAGAACAAUCUACCGCUUCAGUGCCAAACGUGCCUUGUUCAUUUUUGGGCCUUUCAAUUCAAUCCGAGGCUUAGCCAUUAGAAUCUCAGUCCAUUCAUUGUUCAGCAUGUUCAUCAUCUGCACCGUCAUCAUCAACUGCGUGUUCAUGGCCACAGCUAGUGAGAAGGACAGGAGUAAUAAAGAUGCCGACAAUGCCGAGUAUGUCUUCACUGGGAUUUAUAUUUUUGAAGCUUUGAUAAAAAUAUUGGCAAGAGGUUUUGUUCUGGAUGAGUUUUCUUUCCUUCGAGAUCCAUGGAACUGGCUGGACUCCAUUGUCAUUGCAACAGCGUUUGUGUCAUAUUCGCCAAAUAAGUUCAGUGGGAUCAGUCUGUCAUCCCUGCGUACCUUUAGAGUGUUCAGAGCAUUGAAGGCAAUUUCAGUAGUUUCGGGUUUGAAGGUCAUUGUUGGGGCCUUGCUGCGCUCUGUGAGGAAGCUUGUCAAUGUGAUGAUCCUGACUCUCUUUUGCCUCAGCAUUUUCGCCCUGGUAGGUCAGCAGCUCUUCAUGGGAAAUUUGAGCCAGAGAUGUGUCAAGAAGUCCUGUAAGAAUUCCAGUAACCUUGACGACUCUUGCUUUGAAAAGAAAAAUCCCGCUGAAUUCAGAAUGUGCGGCUCCUGGAAGGGUAGCAGUGCCUGUUCUGAAGACUUUGAAUGCAGACACACAGAUGACAAUCCUGACCAUAAUUUUACGAAGUUUGACAACUUUGGCUGGUCUUUUCUUGCCAUGUUCCGGCUUAUGACCCAAGAUUCGUGGGAGAAGCUUUACCAACAGACUUUGGUUACCUCGGGGCUCUACUCAGUCUUCUUCUUUGUGGUGGUGAUCUUCCUGGGCUCUUUCUACCUGAUUAACUUAACUCUGGCUGUUGUCACCAUGGCUUACGAGGAACAGAACAGGAACGUAGCUGCUGAGACAGAGGCCAAGGAGAAAAUGUUCCAGGAAGCCCAGCAGCUGUUAAAGAAAGAGAAGGAGGCUCUGGUUGCCAUGGGAAUUGACAGAAGUUCACUUAAUUCCCUUGAAGCAUCAUCUUUUUCCCCAAAGAAGAGAAAGCUAUUUGGUAAUAAGAAAAGGAAAUCCUUCUUUUUGAGAGACUCUGGGAAAGAGAAGUUUCCAGGAACAGAUUCUGAUGAAGAUUCCCAAAAAAAGCCACACCUCCUAGAACAAACCAAACGACUGUCCCAGAAUCUGUCACUGGACCAUGGUGAUGAGCGUGGAGACCCCAUCCAAAGGCAGAGGGCGCUGAGUGCUGUCAGUAUCCUCACCAUCACUGUGCAGGAACUAGAAAAAUCCCAGGAACCUUGCCUCCCAUGUGGGGAAAACCUGGCAUCCAAAUACCUCGUGUGGGACUGCAGCCCCCAGUGGCUUCGUAUUAAGAAGGCCCUGAAAACCAUGAUGACUGACCCCUUUACUGAGCUGGCCAUCACCAUCUGCAUCAUAAUCAACACCGUCUUCUUGGCCAUGGAGCAUUACAACAUGGACCCGACUUUUGAGACGAUGUUGAAUACAGGGAAUUUGGUUUUCACUGGCGUUUUUAUGGCAGAAAUGUUCCUUAAAAUCAUCGCGCUCGAUCCCUACCACUACUUUCGCCGAGGCUGGAACAUUUUUGACAGUGUCGUCGCUCUUCUGAGUUUUGCAGAUGUGAUGAAUAGUAUAGUUGCAGGAAAACAAAAAUGGCCAUUUUUCCGUUCCUUAAGAGUGCUGAGGGUCUUCAAGUUAGCCAAAUCCUGGCCAACUUUGAACACACUGAUUAAGAUAAUUGGCCACUCCGUUGGAGCCCUUGGAAACCUGACUGUGGUCCUGGCCAUUGUGGUCUUUAUUUUCUCGGUUGUUGGCAUGCAGCUUUUUGGCUCUAAAUUCGGUUAUGAAAAAAGAAAUACGAAAUCCUGUAUUCCUACAGUCCCAUGUUUACGACGCUGGCACAUGGGGGAUUUCUACCACUCCUUUCUGGUGGUAUUCCGCAUCCUCUGUGGGGAAUGGAUUGAAAACAUGUGGGAAUGCAUGCAAGUAGCUGAUCCGUCACUGUGCAUUAUUGUCUUUCUGUUGAUCAUGGUGAUAGGAAAACUCGUGGUACUCAAUCUCUUCAUUGCCUUGCUGCUCAAUUCCUUCAGCAGUGAGGAGAGAGGUGGAAGCUUGGAAGGACAGACCAGGAAAACCGAAGUCCAGUUAGCCCUGGAUCGGUUCCGCCGGGCUUUUUAUUUUGUGUUACAUAAUCUUGAGCAUUUUUAUCACAAGUGGUACAGGAGGCAAAACUUACCAGAGCAAAAAGAGGUGACAGGAGGCUCUGCUGCAGAGAGCAAAGACAUCAUCCCCCUGGUCACAGAGAUGAAAAAGGGCCCAGACACCUGGGAAGAGUUUGGUAUACUAAUUUCUGCACCAAAGACCUUGAGUGUUGAGUAUGAUCGGACUUGGUUGGCCCCACUUGCUGAAGAGGAAGAUGAUGAUGUUGAAUGUCCUGAUGAAAAUAAUGCACAACCUUUCACACAACCUGAGGCUGGAAAACAGGCCUCUGAACUCCACCAGGAGACCAAGAAGUCCAGCAGCCCAGGAGUUCAAAGUGUGGAAAUUGACGUGUUCUCUGAAGAUGGUGCUUCUCUGUUAGAACAAAAUUCCCGAAAGAAGUCUGAUGCUACCAGUGUGUUCUCAGAAUGUAGCACCAUUGAUCCACAGGAUCCCUUUGGGCAGGUACCUGAAAUGGUUCCCAAAAAAACCCCAGGGAGAUGUUUGCCCAAAGUCCUAAGUUGCUGCUUCCCAUGCUGUGCUAUGGUCAAGAGAAAGUCUUCCUGGAUCACUUGGUGGAACCUGCGGAAAACCUGCUACCAAAUAGUGAAACACGGCUGGUUUGAGAGUUUUAUUAUCUUUGUGAUUCUGCUGAGCAGCGGGGCACUGGUAUUUGAAGAUAUUCACCUUACUAACAAACCCAAUAUUCAAGCAUUACUUAAUUAUACUGACAGUGUUUUCACAUACAUUUUUAUCCUCGAGAUGGGUCUGAAAUGGGUGGCCUUUGGAUUUGGGAAGUAUUUCUCCAGUGCCUGGUGCUGGCUCGAUUUCGUCAUUGUGAUUGUCUCUGUGGCCAGUCUCCUUGACUUAAAUGUCUCAAAGUCCUUCCGGACUCUCCGAGCACUGAGGCCCCUGCGAGCGCUGUCCCAGUUUGAAGGAAUGAAGGUGGUAGUUAAUGCUCUCAUGGGUGCCAUACCUGCCAUUCUGAAUGUUUUGCUUGUCUGCCUCAUUUUCUGGCUCAUAUUUUGUAUCCUGGGAGUAAACUUCUUUUGUGGAAAAUUUGGAAGAUGCGUUAAUGGAACAGAAAUAUCAACUAUAAAUUACAGCUUCAUUACAAACAUAACCCACUGUAAAAGUGAAAAUUUCUCCUGGGUCACCCCAAGAGUCAACUUUGACAAUGUGGGAAUGGCUUACCUCGCCCUGCUGCAAGUGGCAACAUUUAAGGGCUGGAUGGAAAUUAUGUAUGCAGCUGUUGAUUCCACAAAGGAAUGGGAACAGCCAAAGUUUGAGCACAACAAAUACAUGUACCUUUACUUCGUAGUUUUUAUCAUCUUUGGUUCAUUCUUCACUCUGAAUCUCUUUAUUGGUGUUAUUAUUGACAACUUCAACCAACAGCAAAGAAAGAUAAGUGGCCAAGACAUUUUUAUGACAGAAGAACAGAGGAAAUACUAUAAUGCAAUGAAAAAAUUAGGAUCCAAAAAACCUCAGAAGCCCAUUCCAAGGCCACUGAACAAAUGCCAGGGACUUGUGUUUGACCUGGUCACAAACCAGGUCUUUGACAUCGUCAUCAUCAUCCUCAUUCUCCUCAACAUGCUUACCAUGAUGGCUGAAUCACAUAACCAGUCAGACGAGAAAAGACUCAUCCUCGAGCAUCUCAACCUGACCUUUGUGGUCAUCUUUACAAUUGAGUGUCUCAUCAAAAUCUUUGCUCUGAGGCAAUACUACUUCACCAAUGGCUGGAAUUUAUUUGAUUGUGUGAUUGUGCUCCUUUCUCUUGUUAGUACAAUGGUUUCCACCUUAGAAAAACAGGAGCACAUUCGUUUUCCUCCAACACUCUUCAGAAUUGUCCGCUUGGUUCGGAUUGGCCGAGUCCUGAGACUUGUUCGGGCAGCACGAGGAAUUAGGACUCUCCUUUUUGCUCUGAUGAUGUCCCUUCCCUCUCUAUUCAACAUCGGUCUUCUACUCUUUUUGAUUAUGUUUAUUUAUGCCAUUUUUGGUAUGAGCUGUUUUGGCAAAGUGAGGCUGUCUGGAAUUGAUGACAUCUUCAACUUCGAAACUUUUGUAGGCAGCAUGCUGUGUCUCUUCCAGAUAACCACGUCAGCAGGCUGGGAUGCCCUCCUCAGCCCCAUGCUGCAAUCAAAAGAUUCAUGUAAAACCAACUCAGAGAACUGUCACCUCUCUACCAUAGCCAUAACCUACUUCGUCAGUUACAUUAUCAUCUCCUUUCUCAUUGUUGUCAACAUGUAUAUUGCUGUGAUUUUAGAGAACUUCAAUACAGCCACUGAAGAAAGUGAGGACCCUUUGGGUGAAGAUGAUUUUGAAAUGUUCUAUGAAGUCUGGGAAAAGUUUGACCCAGAAGCAACACAGUUUAUCAAAUAUUCUGCCCUUUCUGACUUUGCGGAUGCCCUUCCGGAGCCUUUGCGUGUGGCAAAGCCAAAUAAAUUUCAAUUUCUAGUAAUGGAUUUGCCCAUGGUGAGUGGAGAUCGCCUCCACUGCCUGGAUAUUCUCUUUGCUUUCACCACUAGGGUACUUGGUGAUUCCAAUGGCCUGGACAGCAUGAAAGUAAUGAUGGAGGAGAAGUUCAUGGAAGCAAACCCUUUCAAGAAGUUAUAUGAACCCAUAGUCACCACCACCAAGAGGAAGGAAGAGGAAAGAUGUGCUGCUGUUAUUCAAAAGGCCUUUCGAAAGUACAUGCUGAAGAUAACCAAGUGUGCUUUGGAAGACAGGCCCCCUUCACCAUUCCAAAUGCUCUGCAAUGGGGACUUGUCCAACUCUGCCUCCAAGGGCAAGGUACACUACGACUGAGCCCCUCACCUCCACCCCUACCUCACAGCCUCAUAUCCUCACCUCCAGUCUGAGCUCCUGGGGUCCACAGCUCAGUGUAAUAACAAGCAGUGGACUCACUGAACUAGCCAUUUCAUUUUUCUCCGGCUAAAAGAAGUGACAUUGUAAUGUUCAUUUCAAAUGGUUCUUACAGAGAUAUAAGAUAAGGCUGGCUGACUAUUAACCACUGGUACUGUUUUAAAAAGGCAGAAGACGCUGGAAAGGGCUGUAGAGGACACACUAAUGUUAGGAUUGAAACACAGCUCAAAUUAUGUCAAAAGAAAAGAAUAAGAAACAAAAACAUAUUAAAAUUUUAAAUUGUGUUUUUCCAAAUGUUUCUCGAUACAUUACCCAAUACCUUUGUUUGAUGUUUUCCCCAAUACAACUGUGUGGCUUAUUAUAUAUAACUCUUUUGCAAGCUAAGUGAAAAUUCAAAAACUGCCAAUAAAUGAAUAGCUUAUUGCAGAUAUUUUUUACCAACAUUAAAUAUUGUGGGUUUAUUUCAAACCUAAAGGCAUGAUCUUGACUUGUCAGUUACUACCCUUCCACCAGGUACAAUCUCUGUUAUGUGUGUUUGGAAAAUAAGUGAAUAAAUAAAUGAA